AUAUUUCGUUCAAAAUAUGAAUCUCAUUUUUCCUCUCUUCUUCUUCGCCCUUUUGGUUGGAUCAAACGCCCAAUUUCAACAAUUUUGCAAUUACUGUGGAUUCAUUGAAGUUCCAAAGACUUGGCCAGUAGCUCAAGAUUCUCUGAGAAGUGCAUGUGAAACACUUGGAAUGGCAACAACAGCGUGCAAGGGAAUUAUUAAUUCAGCUGACUUGAAUUCAUCAUACGGUAAAAUGUACCCGUAUAUUAUUUAAUUGAAGGAUCUUGCAUGCAGCAAAUAUUGUAAAGAUCGUCGUAUUCGUUAUUAAAUUACGAGAAUAAAUGUUACAGUCGUCUUGAA